AUGUCAACGGCGCAGUUGUCACCUUCCACACUCCAAGUAUUUUCGUCGACAGGUCGCUGGCGGCUACUUGUGACGUCACGAGACCGUUCGUCAGCGACAAGGCAAACACCAGUUGGUCGAGGACAACCUAGCACUCCGGGAUCCCAAGUUCGACGUGUUCAUGCCGAGACUCCUCAUGAACAGAUGGAAAGACCUGCUGUACUCUACAAGAUGAAGCGCCAACGCUUUAAGGCCCGGUGGAUUUUUAUUCGUCUCGUUCCGAAACCACAGUUUGAGGGCAUGCUGAAAAAGAAGCUAACAUCUAAAGAAGCCGCGUUUGCUUAUUGCAAAAAAUGCACAGCUCGUGUAAAUUACAGUCAUGGCUCCACUAAUGCGGUCAAGGCGCACAUGGAAAAAUUCCACAUGGAUCAUCUUGUCCAGUGGAAGGAAGACGCUGCCCGAGAAUCCGCAGCGAAACGAAGGCUGGAAAAUGCUUACUCAGAUGCACCUGGCACGAAAUGGCGAGUGGUAGUCCCGGUCACCAAAGCAGAGCAAGCCCAGAUGAACAAAUUACUUGCUAGUUGGAUUGCCCAGAGUUUGAGACCUCUCACUAUUGUGAAAGAUCCAGGGCUGAUCAAACUUUUUAAAUAUGUUACACAAGACCUGGAGUGA